AAAGCUUUCUACUGUGGCAUGGAAUAGAGGUGACAGAUGGAAAAUGACAAGUCUUCUAAGAACAACCCUUGCUUUGCUCUUCCUUGGCCUCUUUGGGGUCCUGGAGACGACAAUAUCGUGCAGAAAUGAAGAAGGUGACACUGUGGAUUGGUUUAUCUUUUACAAGUUACCUAAAAGGCAAGACAAGGAAAGUAGAAAGACUGGGCUAGAGUACCUGUACCUAGACUCUACAAGCAGAAGCUGGAGGACAAGUAAGCAACUAAUAAAUGCCACCGGGAGUGCUUUGGGGAGGACAUUAGCACAGCUGUAUGAAGCAUAUGCCUCCAAGAAUAACAGCACCGCCUAUCUAAUAUACAAUGAUGGAGUCCCCAGAUCUGUGAAUUACAGCAGGAAGUAUGGACACACCAAAGGUGUACUGCUGUGGAACAGAAUCCAGGGAUUCUGGUUAAUUCAUUCUGUUCCCCAGUUUCCUCCACUUCCUGAAGAAGGCUAUGGUUAUCCGCCCACAGGGAGACGCAAUGGGCAAACUGGCAUCUGCGUAACUUUCAAGUACAACCAGUAUGAAGCCAUAGAUUCUCAGCUCUUAAUCUACAACCCAAACAUUUAUAGCUGUUCCAUCCCAGCUACGUUUCACCAGGAGCUCAUUCACAUGCCCCAGCUGUGUGCCAGGUCCAGCUCAUCAGAGGUCCCUGGCCGGCACCUUGCCACACUUCAGUCAGCCCAGGGGCAAAACUUCCUCCAUUUUGCAAAGUCUGAUUCUUUUCUUGACGACAUCUUUGCAGCCUGGAUGGCUCAACGGUUGAAGACAAACUUGCUUAGUGAAACCUGGCAGCGAAAGAGACAAAAGCUUCCUUCAAACUGCUCCCUUCCUUACCAUGUCUACAAUGUCAAAGCAAUCAAGAUAUCUGGACAAUCUUACUUCAGCUCUUAUCAGGAUCAUGCCAAAUGGUGUAUUUCUCAAAAGGGCACCAAAAAUCACUGGACAUGUAUUGGAGACCUAAAUCGGAGCCCCUAUCAAGCCUUCAGGAGUGGAGGAUUCAUUUGUACCCAGAAUCAGCGUAUUUACCAAGCAUUUCAAGGAUUAGUUUUGUAUUAUGAGAACUGUAACUAAACUUGGUGAAUGGACAUAUGUACUAACAUUUUCAGCAUUGACAGUGGAUCUUCUUCCAGCAGAUUCAUUUUUUAUAUAUUGAAAGCCUAUGAAUGUACUUAUAAUCCACAUAUCGUCAAGUAAAACACUUUUCUCCCAUGUU